AAUUACUGAAAACAUUUCGAUUUCGGAUGAGCACUUGAGGCCGACACAACCACCCAUCGUCAAAUUCAAAGAGCUGAUCAGAAGUAUCCGCUGGGCGCCAAGAGAUGCCAGAUGGCGGGCUGCGGUGUUGAGACUCGUGAAGAUCGUUUCUCUGUUCAUUAUCACAAUUAUUUGUUGUAUACAACUGAUGGUAACGAACGAAGAAGAGAAAGUAUUUAGAACAACAGUCGUCGAGGCCAACAAAGCAUAUGUCUUAGAUCAUGACCUGUGUGAGGGUGAUAUGGCUGUCGUCCGUGUGGAGCUGUUUGGUCGCUUCUACGAAACUAAGGACGAAAACGACACAGCUCCCCAGUUUUACGUUAAUCUCAGUUCUGCCGUCAUCCUGACUCUGAAGAUAAACGAGACAGAGACAGAAUUCGAAGACAGAGUCAAGUUCACAGCUGACGCCAAGUGUUGCAGUGAAGACAGCUGCAACCUGACCGCCUCAAGCCCGCAGGUUGUCGCCAUGUCCUGGUACACCAGAGAACUCUCCUGGCACGUGGAACACCAAGUCCUCUACGCGUUUCUGGUCCUUAUCUUCGUUUACAUACUCAUCAUUUUCGAGCUCGUCCACAGAACUCUGGCAGCUCUGCUGGGAGCCCUGGCUGCCCUGGCCGUCCUCUCCUCCGUCAAUGAAAGACCCACACUGUCCAUGAUAAUGGAGUGGGUUGACAUGGAUACCCUGACCUUGCUCUUUGGGAUGAUGAUAAUUGUAGGGAUAUUUGCUGAGACCGGAUUCUUUGACUUUUCAGCGCUGGUGGCAUACAGACUCGCCAAAGGAAAAGUGUGGCCAUUGAUCACCCUCUUGUGUGUGUUCAGUGCGGUCGUGUCCGCCUUCCUGGACAACGUGACCACGAUCCUUCUUGUAGCCCCAGUAACAAUCAGACUGUGUGAGGUUUUGAACCUGGAGCCACAAAGAAUCCUCAUCGCCGAGGUCUUGUUUUCCAACAUUGGGGGCACUGCUACAGCCAUCGGAGACCCGCCAAACGUCAUCAUUGUUGGGGCUCUCAGUAGUCGGGGCAUCACAUUCACGGAGUUUACCAUGCACGCGUUCCCGGGCAUCAUAUUGGUCAGUUUCGCUGGCUACGGUCUCUUGAGGCUCUACUACAGAAACAUGGACGCGCUGAAGAAUAAAGACCCACCGGAUAUUGCAGAAAUGAAACACGAGUACGCCAUGUGGGUGAGGGCCGCGGGUAGACUCCAAGUGGUCACCAGGGAGGAGACGCUGAUGAAGGCGAUGUUCAUGCAGAAAGCUGUAGAGACUGAGCACGCCUUGUAUAAAACUCUACAUCGCAGACGACGAGAGGAAAGUCAAGAUUUGAGGGAGACAAUCAGAAAGCUGGAAACACAGUACUGCAUCAAAGACUAUGUCCUGCUGGUCAAGAGCACGCUGGUGGUGUUUGUGGUCAUCUUGUUCCUCUUCAUGUACUCCUUCGUCACCUCCAUCUACCUGGACAUAGGUUGGAUUGCUGUACUGGGAGCCAUCUGGCUAUUGGUGCUGGCCGACAUCGCUGACUUUGAUGGCAUCCUCCACAAGGUGGAGUGGAGCACUUUGCUCUUCUUUGCGGCACUUUUCAUUCUUAUGGAGGCAUUGGCUGAACUUGGGCUAAUCAAAACCAUCGGUGACGUCAUUGCGGACAUCAUCGUGUCCGUGGACGAGGGCAACCGCCUGCUGCUGGCCGUGGUGGUCAUUCUGUGGGUGUCGGCCAUCUCGUCCAGUUUCAUCGACAAUAUCCCCUACACCACCGCCAUGGUAAAAACGUACCUGAGUUUGACUUGGUGCUGCUCUCCUCUCCUCCCGAUACGGUAUGUUAAUCCCCUUCAGUUUGACAUCUACAGGUUUUCCAUCAUUCCCAUGUCUGUAUAUAUCAAUUCCUGGUUUAAUCACACCAGUUAG